AUGGCGGCUUCUCCUGUCAAUUUCCUCUUCGGAUUCUUGCUACUCUCGAUUACAUUGUGGCUCGUCUUCAUAUUUGCUUCUGGGUUGCUGGCAUGGAUUUUGAGCCGGAUUUUGGGAGCAUCUGUUGCAUUUCGUGUUGGUGGAUGGAAAUGUUUAAGGGAUGUGGUAGUGAAGUUUAAAAAGGGUGCUGUUGAAUCUGUUUCUGUUGGUGAAAUUAAACUCAGCUUACGCCAGUCCCUGGUUAAACUUGGUGUGGGUUUCAUGUCUCGGGAUCCAAAGCUACAAGUGUUAAUAUGUGACCUGGAAGUUGUUAUGAGGGCAUCAGAUAAAACCCCAGGGAAGAAGAAAACUAGGAAAUCCCGUGCUUCAGGCAGGGGGAAGUGGAUGAUUGUGGGCAAUAUUGCAAGAUAUUUGUCAGUUCGUGUGACCGAUCUGGUUCUGAAGACACCAAAAUCUACUGUUGAGAUCAAGGAAUUGAAUCUGGAUAUAUCUAAAGAUGGUGGUUCCAAGUCAAAUUUAUUAGUUAGACUGCAUAUACUACCUAUUUUUGUUCACAUUGGUGAGCCGCAGCUUAGCUGUGACCUGUUAUCUAAUUUAAGUGGUGGAGGAUGUAGUUCUUCUGGCCAGGCAUCCCUUAAUGCUAUAGAAAGGGAAGUGGGUAUAGUUAUGAAGAGUAUGGACAUCUCCAGUGGAGAGGUCACCGUGAAUUUGAAUGAGGAGUUGCUUUUGAAGAGAAAGAGUUCAUCAGAGUUUUCUUCUGGAUCUGAGCAUAAAUUAGGGACACAUGCUGAUUCUGUAAGUGCAGAAAGGCCAUCAAAGAAGCUGCAAACACUCACGGCUUUCUCCAAGUACAGCUCUAUGUUUCCUGAAAAGGUUGUGAAUUUAACCUACCUCCUGACAUUUAUCACUUCAUGCCUUGACACCAUUGUAGCUCUUCGGUCUAGUAUCUGCUCUUUUUCUAAUAAAGCAUUUCUUGUUGAGUCUAGGAGCAAUACUUUCCUCACUCUUUAUGCUCUUGAUGUGGUGCUUUGGUUAUGGGUUUCCUUGUUGUGGAUAGCUCUAAAUUUGGCUUUUGGGCAAAAUGUGGUUCCUUCACUUGUCAGCUUCAAUCUUCCAAAGCUGGAUGUGAGUUUUGUGCAUCGAGAACAUGGUCUUUCCAUUGAAAACAACAUCAUGGGCAUCCAAUUGAAAAGCACCAAAUCACGAUCCACAGAGGAUCUUGGGGAGAGUAUACGGCUUGAUUUCCAGAUGGAGUUCAGUGAAAUUCAUCUUCUGAGAGAAGCCGGUUCUUCCAUCCUGGAGAUAUUGAAGGUGGAUUUGGUCUCUUUUGUAUAUAUCCCAGUACAGCCAAUAUCACCUGUUAGAGCUGAAACUGAAAUCAAGUUAGGAGGUACUCAGUGCAACAUCAUAAUGAGCAGGUUAAAGCCUUGGUUCUUUCUCCUUUCUUCUAAGAAGAAAAAGAUGGUACUUCGAGAAGAAGCAUCCGUUGUUGCAAAGCCUCAACCAACUGAUGGCAAGACAAUCAUGUGGACAUAUAAUGUCUCAGCUCCUGAGAUGACCAUAGUGCUUUUCAAUAUGGCUGGUUCUCCUGUUUAUCAUCAUGAUGCUAAUAUGUCUGAGGGUUGCUCACAAUCAUCACAUUUGUUUGCAAACAACAUUUCAAAUAUGGGGACUACAGUACACACUGAACUUGGAGAGUUAAAUCUCCACUUAGCUGAUGAAUAUCAAGAAUGCUUGAAAGAAAGUGUUUUUGGUGUGGAAUCAAAUUGUGGCUCCAUUAUGCACAUUGCGAAGGUUAAUUUGGAUUGGGGGAAAAAGGAUGUGGAAUCAUCCGAAGAAGAUGGUCCUAGGUGUAGACUAGGUUUAGCAGUUGAUGUGACUGGCAUGGCAAUAUGCCUAACUUUCAAGCGUGUAGAAUCACUUGUGUCAACAGCCAUAUCUUUUCAAGCUCUAUUGAAAAGCUUAUCUGCUUCAAAGAAAAAGGUGACUCAUAGUCAGGGGCGUCUUACAAAAUCUUCUGGGAAAGGAACUCAAUUUUUGAAAUUCAAUCUUGAAAGGUGUUCAGUAUAUGUAUGGGGUGAGGCAGGUUUGGAAAAUACAACUGUUCCAGAUCCUAAGCGAGUUAAUUAUGGAUCACAAGGGGGUAGAGUUAUGAUAAAUGUGUCAGCAGAUGGUACCCAACGUAAUGCAAAUAUAGUCUCCACUAUUUCCAAUGAAAACCAGAAGCUGAAGUACUCUGUCUCUCUUGAAAUAUUUCAAUUUAGUUUCUGUGCGAACAAAGAGAAACAUUCCACACAGAUGGAACUUGAAAGAGCCAGAUCUGUCUAUGAGGAAUAUAUGGAGGAAAAUAAGCCAGUAACAAACAUGGUAUUGUUUGAUAUGCAUAAUGCUAAAUUUGUGCAGCGAUCAGGUGCGCUUAAAGACAUUGCUGUCUGUUCUCUUUUCAGUGCUACCGAUAUUACUGUAAGGUGGGAGCCUGAUGUACAUCUAUCACUAAUUGAACUUGUUUUCCAGCUGAAGCUACUUGUACACAAUAGCAAGCUUAAGGAGCAUGGCAAUGACCACAUGGAAGAUGUGUCAGAUGCUAAUUGGAAAAAAGAUGCUAACAUUGAAUCAGGGCACCUUGAAAAGCAGAAGAGGAAAGAAUCUAUUUUUGCUGUUGAUGUAGAAACUUUAGGUAUUACGGCUGGGCUAGGAGAUGGAGUUGAUGCUAUGGUUCAGGUGCAGUCAAUUUUCUCUGAGAAUGCUCGUAUAGGAGUACUCCUUGAAGGACUCAUGCUUAGCCUUAAUGGAGCUAGAGUCUUUAAGAGUAGUAGGAUGCAAAUUUCACGAAUUCCUAGUGUUUCUGCAAGUACAUCUGAUACAAAAGGACAUGUCACGACAUGGGAUUGGGUAGUCCAAGGUCUUGAUUUUCACAUUGUCAUGCCAUACAGAUUGCAAUUGCGUGCCAUUGAUGAUGUCAUCGAGGAUAUGUUGCGAGGUUUGAAGCUCAUAAUUGCUGCCAAGAAAAAAAUGAUUUUUCCUGUAAAGAACGAGAGCUCCAAGGUUAAGAAACCUAGUUCCGUACAAUUUGGAUGCAUAAAAUUUUGCAUACGCAAGCUAACUGCUGAAAUUGAAGAGGAACCAAUCCAGGGAUGGUUUGAUGAACAUUAUCAGCUGCUGAAGAAAGAAGCUGCUGAGUUAGCUAUUCGGCUGAACUUUCUAGAUGAAUUUAUAUCGAAGGCAAAACAAGGUUCCAAAUCAACUGAUACUGUUAGUUCUUCUCAAGAAAGAAAAAUUUUCUUCAAUAAUGUUGAGGUAAAUGUAAAAGAUUCUUCUACUAUUGAGUCUAUGAGAGAAGAAAUUUAUAAGCGAUCAAUUCAAUCAUAUUACCAGGCAUGCCAGAAUCUUGUGUUGUCUGAAGGGUCUGGUGCUUAUGCUGAAGGUUUUCAAUCUGGUUUCAGACCUAGUACAUCAAGGACAUCUCUUCUUUCAAUAUCUGCUUUAGAUUUAGAUGUAAGCUUGAAAAAAAUUGACGGUGGAGAUGUUGGGAUGAUUGAGGUUCUGAAGAAGCUUGAUCCUGUCUGUCUUGAAAAUGAUAUACCAUUUUCCCGACUGUAUGGGACAAAUAUUCUCUUAAAUACAGGUUCUCUUGUAGUUCAGCUUCGAAAUUACACAUUUCCUCUUUUCUCUGGAAGUUUUGGUAAAUGUGAAGGCCGACUUGUAUUGGCACAGCAGGCAACUAGCUUUCAGCCUCAAAUGUAUCAAGAUGUCUAUGUUGGGAGAUGGAGAAUAGUUCGUAUGCUUCGAUCAGCUAGUGGUACUACUCCACCCAUGAAGACAUACUCAGACUUGCCAAUACAUUUCCAGAAAGGUGAGGUAUCAUAUGGGGUGGGUUACGAACCAGCUUUUGCUGAUGUUAGUUAUGCUUUCACCGUAGCACUUCGGAGGGCUAAUCUAAGUGUUAGGAAUCCUGGUCCACUUAUUCUGCCACAAAAAAAGGAACGGAGUUUGCCAUGGUGGGAUGACAUGAGAAAUUACAUCCAUGGAAGAAUUUCCUUAAUCUUUUCUGAAUCAAAAUGGAAUGUUUUAGCAAGUACAGAUCCUUAUGAAAAGGUUGAUAAACUUCAAAUUGUUACCAACUCUAUGGAAAUGCAUCAGUCUGAUGGCCGUGUUUUUGUUUCUGCCAAAGAUUUUAAGAUUUUGUUGAGUAGUUUGGAGAGUUUGGCAAACAGACGAGGUAUUAAAAUUCCAACAGGUGUCUCAGGUGCAUUUCUGGAAGCUCCUGUCUUUACUCUUGAAGUUACAAUGGACUGGGAUUGUGAAUCUGGAGAUCCCAUGAAUCAUUAUUUAUUUUCCCUUCCAGUUGAGAGCAAACCUCGUGAUAAAGUAUUUGAUCCCUUCAGAUCCACUUCACUUUCCCUUCGAUGGAACUUCUCUCUUAGACCCUUUCCUUCUCCAUCACAAAGACAGUCUUCAUCUUCCAUUACUAGAGAUAUAGAAGGAGAUGCUGCUGCAUUUGAUCCUUUUCACACAUCCCAGAAUGUUUCACCUGUGUCCCCAACAUUUAACUUUGGAGCUCAUGAUCUAGCAUGGAUUCUAAAGUUCUGGAGCUUGAACUACAUUCCUCCACAUAAGCUGCGCAGCUUCUCUCGCUGGCCUCGUUUUGGUAUUCCAAGAAUUGCCAGGUCUGGCAAUCUUUCACUAGAUAAAGUGAUGACUGAAUUUAUGCUUCGCCUAGAUGCCACGCCUGCCUGUAUAAAGAACAUGCCUCUAGAUGAUGACGAUCCAGCCAGAGGACUGACCUUUGGAAUGACAAAACUGAAAUAUGAGCUGUGUUACAGUAGGGGCAAGCAAAAGUAUACUUUUGAAAGCAAGCGUGACAUUCUUGAUCUUGUUUACCAAGGUCUUGAUCUUCAUAUGAUCAAGGCUUUCCUAAAUAAAGAAGAAUGUGCCAGUGUUGCCAAAGUUGUUAACAUGAUCAUGAAAAGUUCACAAUCUAUAUCCAUGGACAAAGUUCCCAGUGAAAAGGGUUACAUGACAGAGAAAAAUCGUGAUGAUGGAUUUCUGUUAUCCUCUGAUUACUUCACCAUCAGGAGACAAUCUCCAAAGGCUGAUCCUGCUAGGUUAUUAGCGUGGCAAGAAGCAGGAAGAAGAAGUGUUGAGAUGACAUAUAUACGGUCUGGGUAUGAAAAUGGGAGUGAAACAGAUGAUCAUAUGAGAUCCGACCUAAGUGAUGACGAUGGUAACAACGUGGUAGUAGCUGAUGAUUGUCAGAGUGUGUUUGUGUACGGUCUGAAGCUUUUGUGGACUAUUGGAAAUAGAGAUGCUGUUUGGGCUUGGGUUGGUGGUCUAUCCAAAGCCUUUGAACCGGCCAAGCCUUCUCCUUCUCAGCAGUAUGCACAGAGAAAAUUACUCGAGGAAAACAAACAGCGUGGUGGUGCCGAUCUCCAUCAGGAUGAUGUUUCUAAGGCCCCUCCAACUGGUAAAAUUUCCAAGACUUCUUUUCAGCAUGCAAGUACUCCUGCACCACUUACAUCUUCACCAAAUUCAGUUAAAGUGGACAACUUGCCAUCUGUCAAAAAAGAGAACAUGGAUGAUUCAGAUGGGACUCCACAUUUCAUGGUGAAUGUUAUUGAACCUCAGUUUAAUCUUCACUCAGAGGAUGCAAAUGGUAGAUUUUUGCUUGCUGCUGUUAGAGGCCAAGUUUUAGCUCGUUCAUUUCACUCAGUCCUUCAUGUUGGUUAUGAGAUGAUUGAACAAGCACUUGUUACUAAAGAUGUUCCUAUUAAUGAAUACCAACCUGAAAUGACAUGGAAAAGAAUGGAAUUCUCUGUUAUGUUGGAGCAUGUGCAGGCUCAUGUUGCACCAACAGAUGUUGAUCCAGGAGCUGGAUUGCAGUGGCUUCCAAAAAUUCUCAGAAGCUCUCCUAAAGUUAUGCGAACAGGUGCUCUUCUUGAAAGAGUUUUUAUGCCUUGUAGUAUGUACUUCCGGUAUACAAGGCACAAAGGGGGAACUCCAGAACUGAAGGUGAAGCCUCUGAAGGAGCUCACAUUUAAUUCCCAUGAUAUAGAGGCAACAAUGACAUCACGCCAGUUUCAGGUCAUGCUGGAUGUAUUAACCAAUCUUCUAUUUGCACGCCUGCCUAAGCCUCGAAAAAGUAGCUUAUCCUUUCCUGCUGAAGAUGAUGAGGAUGUUGAAGAGGAAGCUGAUGAGGUGGUUCCUGAUGGUGUUGAAGAGGUAGAGCUUGCAAAAAUAAACCUUGAAAAAAAGGAGAGGGAACAAAGGUUGCUUCUUGAUGAUAUUAGAAAAUUAUCUCUUUGGUGUGACCCUUCCGGGGAUCCACAUCAAGAAAAGGAAAGUGACUUAUGGAUGAUAUCUGGUGGAAGAUCUUUGCUGGUCCAGGGGCUGAAGAGAGAGCUUGUAAUUGCUCAAAAAUCUAGAAAGGCAGCAUCUGCCUCAUUAAGGAUGGCUCUUCAAAAAGCUGCCCAACUACGACUAACAGAAAAGGAGAAGAACAAAAGUCCUUCGUAUGCCAUGCGUAUAUCACUGCAAAUUAACAAAGUUGUUUGGAGCAUGCUUGUUGAUGGUAAAUCCUUUGCUGAAGCUGAGAUUAAUGACAUGAUAUAUGACUUUGACCGGGAUUACAAGGAUGUUGGCAUUGCCCGGUUUACAACAAAAUAUUUUGUUGUCAGAAAUUGCCUGCCUAAUGUCAAGUCUGAUAUGCUUUUAUCGGCAUGGGAUCCUCCAUCUGAAUGGGGAAAAAAAGUGAUGCUACGUGUAGAUGCACAACAGGGAGCCCCAAAGGAUGGAAAUUCUCCCCUUGAACUUUUUGAGGUAGAGAUUUAUCCCCUCAAGAUUCAUUUGACAGAGAUAAUGUACAGAAUGAUGUGGGAAUAUUUCUUCCCAGAAGAAGAACAAGAUUCCCAACGUCGACAGGAGGUUUGGAAGGUUUCAACCACUGCUGGUGCAAGGCGUGUGAAGAAAGGUUCAUCACUUCUUGAAGCUUCUGCUUCAACUAGUCACUCAAUGAAAGAGUCGGAGGCCUCAUCCAAAUCUGGCAUAUCUGCAAUGCUAUUUCCCACAACAAGUCAGCCUUCAGUCCAUGUUGACUCAGCUCAAGCGUCUAAAACACAAAAUGUGAGAGCAAACUCUGGUACCGGUACAACUCCUGAGUUGAGAAGGACAUCGUCUUUUGACAGAACUUGGGAAGAGACUGUGGCAGAGUCUGUAGCUAAUGAGCUUGUCUUACAAAGCUUCUCUUCCUCGAAAAAUGGCCAAUAUGGUUCUACUGAGCUACAAGAUGAAGUAGGUAAGAAUAAAUCAAAAGAUUCAAAAGGUGUGAAAGGUGGUCGUUCAUCUCAUGAAGAAAAAAAGGUGGUCAAGUCUCAUGAAGGGAAGAGAUCUAGACCACGAAAGAUGAUGGAGUUUCACAACAUCAAAAUUAGCCAGGUUGAGUUAUUGGUUACAUAUGAAGGGCAACGAUUUGUUGUAAAUGAUCUCAAAUUACUGAUGGAUCAAUUUCAUCGAACUGAGUUUACUGGAACUUGGCGAAGACUCUUCUCACGUGUUAAGAAGCACAUCAUCUGGGGAGUCCUAAAGUCUGUGACUGGAAUGCAGGGUAGGAAAUUUAAAGACAAAGGCCAGAGUCAACCCACUGGAGCUGGUGUUCCUGAAAUUGAUCUUAAUUUUAGUGACAAUGAAGGACAGGCAGGAAAAUCUGAUCAAUAUCCACCAUCUUGGCCUAAGCGUCCAAGUGAUGGCGCAGGUGAUGGAUUUGUAACAUCCAUUAGAGGACUGUUCAAUACUCAACGCCGUAAGGCAGCAGCAUUUGUGCUCCGAACUAUGAGGGGAGAAGCAGAGAAUGAUUUUCAAGGUGAUUGGAGCGAAAGUGAUAUGGAUUUCUCUCCUUUUGCGCGGCAGCUCACGAUUACAAAAGCUAAAGAACUUAUUAGGAGACACACUAAGAAGUUCCGUUCUAGAGGACAGAAAGGCUCAUCUUCACAACGAAGAGAAUCACUGCCAUCAUCACCACGAGAGACAACUCCAUUUGACAGUGAUUCUUCGAGUGGAUCAUCACCAUAUGAAGAUUUUCAUGAAUAG